AUGGCUGCAUUCGCAAGCUCGCUGCAAUCGAGUGUCGUGCUGCCUGCGGAACAGAACGGGAACAUCCGCCCACAGGAGGUCCUGCUGAAUGUCCUGAUAAAUGCUGCACGGCAGCUGGGGUCAGCAUUUCUGUCGACAAGCAAAGCGUACAGCAAUCUACUCUUUGCGGCCGAGAAAACGCCUGUCCAAACCGCGAUCCCGAUGCAAAAUCGACAACCAAUAUUGAGCCUAGAGAAAGUGACCCUUGUGGUAGCAAAAAAAGCAAUCACAAAGGCUAACACUUCCAUAAACACAAAGGGCUAUAAGAGCUGUGGAAAUCCUAAUGAGCAUGAUAUCGUUGCUGAGAGAGACGAUGGGGGCUGUGCUGAGAAAGGCGAUGGCUGCUGCUCUGAGAAAAAGAACACCAGCUACACUGUGAGACAGGAUGCCCGCAAUACCCAGGCACCAAAUGAUGCGUGUGAGUAUAACGCCUCAUACUGCAAUACCAGCAUUUCCACCAAGGCGAAAAACUCCUCAUCAACCGUUUGCGGAGGAAAGCGACAAAAGACGGCCGUUGAAGCCUGCGUUCACCACCUUCAGAAGGCCUUUGAUGAAUAUUCCAGCUAUAUUGAGAAGGGUCGGUGUAUUUGCCGCAGUGUUUUGGAUCGGUUGGACACUUGUUGUGGAGAAGUUGUUCCUAAGAUGGCUACUGCUGACGACCAGGUCUCUUCCUUUGGAACAUCCACUGCUUUUGCAGUCACUGAAAACCUCCCCGUUCGCCGUCAAGUAUCAGAGGCUUGCUGGAAAAGUUGUUGUGAUAAAACGACUUCUCCCGCCAAGGCUAGCGACUGCGACGAUACAUUGUCUUGUUCGCAGGACGGGAUCGAGAUCCGAAGUCCUUGGCCUAGAAAGUCGAUAACCACCAGAACGAAGGAGGUCGAUGUCGAAGAUGCUGCUGCUCGGGAACAUGUCGUCCUCGGUAUUGCCGGAAUGACGUGCACAGGCUGUACCAGAAAGGUCUCUAAUGUUCUCAAGAAUAUAUAUGGAGUGUCUUCCAUCAAAGUCACCUUUGUGACUGCGGUGGUUGAAUUCGAUCUCAACACUGCAGUCACGAACUUGGACCAGCUGAUCCCACGCGUUGAGAAGGAGACCGGAUUUAAAUUUUCGAAAAUCACAAGCGACUUUCAAGCCUUAGACUUGAGGAUUGAUCCCGCUACAAUCAGCGAGGAGCUUCGAGCUAUGGCUGAAUCUAUUGAACAACUCGACAAGGGCACUUUUCGCAUCAGCUACGAUCCUACCAUCAUUGGCGCAAGAACGCUCUUGUCUUCUAUCAGGGGAGCAAGUCUUUCCCCGCCACAGGAUGAUGCCAAAUUAGCUGAGGGCAGACGCCGUCUUGUCAAGAUGGCUUGGUUCACGGCGCUGUCUGCGGUGUUGACGAUUCCAGUUGUUGUUCUAGCAUGGGCUCGUACACCUGUUCCCUAUUCAACGCGAUCGGCCGUCUCUCUAGUGCUUGCCACGCUUGUACAAGCUCUGGCGAUUCCUGAAUUUUAUGCGGGCGCAAUCAAAUCGCUCAUCUACAGCCGAGUGCUCGAAAUGGAUAUGCUGAUCGUUAUCAGCGUCACAGCUGCCUAUGUCUAUUCAGUGGUGGCUUUCUCCCUGACACACGCCGGAUUCACCUUGGAGGUUGGUGAAUUUUUCGAAACCAGUUCUCUGCUUAUCACGCUGGUCUUUCUUGGAAGGUUGGUCGCCGCCAUAGCGAAGGUCAAAGCAGUCUCUGCCGUUUCUUUGCGUUCACUCCAGGCGGAGAAGGCCUUUCUUGUCGAAUCUUCUGGGGGCACGACUGAGAUUGACUCAAGGCUGUUGCAAUUUGGCGACGUUUUUGUCACCCCUGCCCACAGUCGUGUCGUGACGGAUGGUUAUGUCAUUCAUGGGCAAAGCUCUGUUGAUGAGUCCAUGAUCACCGGUGAGAGUGUGCCGGUACCAAAAGCAAGCGGUGACAAGGUCAUCGCAGGCACUGUCAACGGACCCAGUUCACUUACCAUCCGCCUAACGCGUCUUCCCGGCAAGAACAGCAUUACAGAUAUCGUCAAUUUGGUUGAGAACGCCCUGGCAAGCAAACCACGUGUCCAGGACCUAGCUGACAAAGUGGCUAGCUAUUUUAUUCCAGUCGUCAUUACUAUCGCUCUUGUCACUUUCGCCAUUUGGAUGGCAAUAUCUGUGAAGGUUCGUGGCGAAGAUAUAGGUGGAGCUCUCGGCCUCGGAAUCACUUACGGCAUCGCUGUACUGGCAAUAUCGUGUCCUUGUGCUUUGGGACUUGCAGUUCCAAUGGUUCUGGUCAUUGCUGGUGGCGUUGCUGCGAGAAGUGGAGUUAUUAUCAAGCAAGCCGAAGCCAUCGAAAAAAGCUACAAAGUCACCGAUGUUGUUUUCGAUAAAACAGGUACGCUUACCGAGGGAGACUUGACUGUCGUCCACGAGCAGGUGUUUCCCCGUCUAAAUGUAGCUGAGAAUGAAGUGUUCGCACUUACCAAAGCCUUAACCAAAGAUAAUCAGCAUCCAGUGUCUUUGGCAGUCGCCCACCGCAUACAAGCGAUAGUCGCCACCUUGGACGACCUAAAACACACCGAGUCAAUUCCUGGUUCAGGGAUACGUGCUACGUGGAAAAACUCAUUGGUAAAAGCUGGCAAUCCGUACUGGUUGGGGGUUGAAGACCGGCCAGAAAUCGCAGCACUCAUCAACAACGGAAUGACCCUUCUUUGUGUGACGCUCGACAACGAUCUCCUGGCUGCAUUUGGGCUGAAGAGUAGUCUCCGAGACGAAGCUACAUCGGUCAUCGCAAAUCUUCACCGCCGCAAUAUCGUAUGCCAUAUUGUGAGCGGCGAUAGUCCCAGGGUUGUUGAGGAGGUUGCGGACACUGUCGGUAUCUCGGCCCUGAACACGGCAGCACGCCGUUCUCCUGCCGAAAAACAGGAAUAUGUGAAAGCGCUGAUGUCCUCUGGCAGGGUUGUGCUCUUCUGUGGCGAUGGAACUAAUGAUGCUGUUGCUGUCGCUCAGGCCGACGUGGGUGUCCAGAUUGGCACUACAUCAGAUGUUACAAGAGCCACAGCCGACGUGGUAUUGUUGAAUGGUUUGGAUGGAGUGAUUGCUUUACUCGGCAUCUCUAAACGAUGCUUUCACCGGAUCAUCUUCAACUUUUUCUGGUCCGCGGUCUACAAUAUUUUCGCAAUCUUACUCGCAGGGGGGGCGUUUGUCUACGUGCGUAUCCCUCCAGCAUAUGCUGGGCUUGGGGAAGUCGUGAGCGUCGUUCCAGUCAUUGCUGCUGCGUUGACGUUGUUGAGAGGAAGGUAA